AUGUGGACCGACUAUCUCCGUAGAAUCUACUCCUCCAUGAACUCCCGUUCGGGAAUAGAGCGACUUCCAGAUGAGCUGUUGCUCAAGAUCUAUGAGCAAGCCCUCCUACCGUCUAACCUCUCAAUGCGCUCUAUCUUCGCCACUCUUCACGAGGACACCAAGUCCACAGGUCAGGCCGCGAGGGGCCGCACUAAGACCCUUCUCAGCAUAUCUCACGUCUGUCGGUCAUGGCGCUCGCUUACGACGACCACUCCUCACCUAUGGUCAUACAUCCACGCUAGUGCCUGGAGAGGUGCACCAGAAGACUUCUUUCCAACUUGUCUUCAACGCGCCAGGACCUCUCCUCUUUGUAUCUCGAUAUUUAUGGGCGAUCCGUUCACGAAGGCGAUUGUUGAUGCCGACAUUCAAUCUCGCAUCGUCAGCCUCCGGAUCAUCCUCUCUCCCGAUCCCAAGGACAGUCGCGUUAUCAGAGCCCCCGAGUUUUGGGAGGCUUUCGCCGAAAUAUUCCCCCUCAAAGCACCUCGUCUUCAAUCUCUCGUGGUCGCAUUCCCUUCGCGAUACGUGGUAGUGCCCUGGGGCUACGGAAAUCGUUCAAUUCCCGCCAAGGCGCCGGAAGCGUUUCUCCCCACCGCUUUUCCGUCGCAAUUGCGGGCACUCGCUGUAUCGCCGGGAGUUAAGUUCCCGUCCGGCCCCUUCCCACAACUCACUCAUCUCUCUUUGUCAUUCUGGGACUUUCCUCCAUAUUACAAGGACCACCAUCUUCAGCCAUUCCGGGCGCUUCUCGCUUCCUCUUUGCACCUGGAAUUCAUCUUCCUUCGUUACAACUCAGCGCAAAACGACUGCGUUCGCACUAGCGAUGCGAACGUGAAAGCUCACCCCAUCUCUCUGCCAUCGUUGAGAGCUAUCACGAUCGUCCAAUGCGACUUCAACAGCGCUCGUCGCCUCGUCGACAGCAUUGCACUUCCACCGAACGCGCACGUGUACCUCAUCCUCAAUCCCGAUCGGGAACUCGACCUCCAUUCAGGAUGGCACGUCCCCCAACACCCUCUGUUCUCCACCCACCUGUCCCUUCACCUCUUCAGCAAGCACAUUUCCAUCCUCCUCGACGGCCCGCACCUCCCUUCAGAGUCGAUGCGCCCGGCCGGCCGGCUGCACAUCCGGAACCUCUCCCUCAAGAACCGUCCCCGCGACCUGCGCGGUCUGCCCCUCGCGUCCAUAAAAUCGCUCGACAUCGCUCUGACGCGCAGCAGCACAAUGCUGGACACCUUGCUCUUCUUCCUCAUGCGCAUGCCGGCGCUCGACGAGCUCACCCUCUCCUUCUCGGACCGCGCGCUGGAAGACCGAACGGGCGGGCUGGACGACUGCUCAUUCCACGCGUUCCUGCUGCCGAUUUUCAAGGCGCUCGGCUUGCGCAGGCCGGGCCCGGACGCGCUCUGCCCCGCGCUCCGCAUCUUCGUCCUCAACCUCGGAGACAAUCCGACGGGGCCGACGGGCGUCGCGGCGCGUUGGGAGGCGCUGUUCGAUGAAUACUUCACGUGGGUGCGCGUGGGACGCGGCGUGCGGCCGAUCGAAGCGUUUUUCGCCGAGUAUCGUGGACCCAGCCUCGAGCGCGGCUCGAAGGAAGUACGGCGGUGGAGGUGGACGCACGAGCGUCCGGAGAGCGCCCCCUCGUUGAACAUUGUCUCUCCUCAUCCCCACCCUCUCCCCGGCGAGGAGCAGAGCCGCCCGUCGUCCGGCUGGGUUGAGGUGGGCCCUUGGCCGUCCGCGCAAGAAUUUGAAGAGAGUGAGGAGUGGGUGCAGGAGGACAAUGGACAUCGAUAG